AUGGAUGUUGUAAGUGCGGCUGACACUACAAAUUUUGAACUUCCACUGAGGACAUUCGAUUUACUAACAUUACUGAAAGAGAUAUAUGCUAAAGUUGGUGGUAAUGAUGAUAGAAAGUACCAAGAUUGA